AUGCACAGUCAGUUUAAUUCCAAUACCCGACAGAGAAAAUCAAAUACCUUAUCCUUAUUUCCAGUCGUCAACAGUUCGUCCUCACCAUCAGACGAAAUGCCUACUGUCUUCAGCGAGUUUGCCGAUGGCGAGAUUCCCUCCCACGAGCCCCAACCUGCAUCUGCACAGGGACACGACGAAAAGUCGGAAGUGCACACCCAGCUGCCCAGCUCCGAUGAGCAUCAACUGAGCCAAGCUAAGAUGGAGCAGCUCAAGCCACAUGUAAAAGAGGUGGAGACCCACCAAUGCCUCAGACAUGCUCAGCUCGAAGCCAUAAAGCACCACGCCACAAUCGAAGGCCGCGUUCCAGAGCUGCUCAAUCCUGGGUCAAUCAGAGCCGAUGCGGGGCUGCCCGAGGUAAGAAGAUCCCCAAGGGAAGACAUCGGCAUGACUCAGUCCGAGUCAGAGGAUUGGACCGAUAAACGGGCUGGGCUCACUCUGGACAAUGGGCAGCUGAGGCUGAAGAUUCAGGACUGGCGGACACGUGCCCCGACAUUCGCCAUGGAGAACAACCCGAAGGGUAACCCCAAGUGCGACCUUGAUGCCGCAAUUGAAAGUCCUGAGCUUGUGCGCAUUGACUUCAAGAUCCCUGUCGAUUACCCAGAGGGCAUGCUGGGGAUCAUGAGAUCGAUUGAAGCUCUCUUCACGUCUCCAAGGAAGAUUGCCAUGAGCAACGUCGAGACUGGUCCCGCACCGGCUCAUCGGGAGGCAAAGAACCCCAAGAGGCACAGCUACUACAUGAAAUGGACUGCCCCAUGGGAAUCAUCCGGCUGCCGGGUAAGCUGGAUGAAGGCGAAGGAAAAAUCGCCAACGGUGAAGUUCAAGUUUGUGAGUGGCAGGAAUGCCAGCCCCGGGGAGCAGAUGAUGGUCACUGUUGACCAGCGUGACGAGUUCUACCGGAAGAUCUCUAAAGAUGACCCUAACACUUACGGCAAAUGGAUGGCACUUCCGGUCCGGAUUUGGCUGCGCAUUCAAUGGCUGGUGUCAGAGACUGGCGGCCUAGACAAUGGACUGUUUGGGAAGUUGCUUGUCGAUGACAAUUUCCCUUCCUCUUCCAAGAAGAAGAAGAAGAACAAAGGAAAGAAGGCAUCAAAGAGACUAUCAAAGAGAGCCCGUGAAUCUUCCGCGGCUGAAGAAGGAAGCUCUGAGGACGAAAAGUCUGAUGCGUCAGCUGUGCCAAUUCCAGUGCAGUCAGUGUUAGGGAAAGAACAUACGAUAGAGACAGUGGGAAGUCAAGAGUUGACCAAAGAGUUGACCGAGGAAGAGUUGCCCCGAGAAGAGUUGACACAGAAUGGGUUGACAGAGCAAGAGGGAGAGUCAACCAGAGAAGAGUUGGCUCAUCAUGAGUCGGUCCGGAAAGAGUUGACCAAGCGGGUUUCGACACUCACGAUUGAUACCCGGAAGAGCAACAAAAGGUCCAAGGGCAAGGGGAAGGGAAAGCGCACACAUAGUUCAUCUGGCUCAGAUACAGGAAAGAAGGACGCAGAACACGUUACCGAUCACAUCACACGCAAUAUGACAGAGCAGCGUUGUGACGAUCAAUGUGGUGACCACCAGCGUGAUGGCUUACUUCCGGGAGUGCAUGACAUCGCUCGACAGGAUGCCCUGACUGAGCAGCAACUUGCGGCAGUUGCUUGCCAACAAACAGUCAAUGCCUCCUGGGCCCCAAUUACCCCCAGUGACUCGACUAACCCAUUUUCUCCAUCAUUCGAGACAGCCCGAUCCCACCUCUCCCCCCACACUCCCCUCCCCUCAUCCUCUCUCUCGCCUUUCUUCACACCUAGAAGCACCUUAUGGAAGAUAGACGAGGACGAUGGGGUACGGGCAGUGCAAGCGGAAGAAAACGAGCCAGCAAAUAUUCCGGACGAGCUGCGCUUGAUUCCGCGGGUGGAUGAGGCUGGACUUUGGUUCCCUGUCUCGGACAACAGGGACGGGGUGUGGCUUUCUGACCCUGAAGAGUACCUUGGCGGCCACGAGACGCAGGAGCCAGUCUUGCGUCGAAGUGAGUCUUUCGAUGUGGCCAGUCUAGGGCUUUUCAAGGGCCAGGAAACCGCAUUCUCGUCCCAAACGGCCGACCCUCCAUCGACCUCCCGUGCCUCUUCUUCCUUGUCUACCGCAGACUCGGCUGGGUCUGAGACUGAUGAUCCCAGUUUAGAUGGGACUGUCUUUCCAGAUGACCAAACUACAGCUGAGUCUAGCCAACAUGGCAAGAAGAGUGUACACAACAAGAGGAAGCAUCAGAGACGGAGGCGCAAGAACUUGAUGAAGCGUCAGCAAGCGCGCGAUGCGGACGCCGAGUUCCCCGUCUCUAGUGCUUCCUCCCAGGGAGAUGGAGUGGAAGGUCGUUCUCCGUCUCCACCCGAGUCGUUCGAGGAUGAUGAACCGACUCCCACAGGCAAGCAGUUCGGCAACAUCGGGCCUCCACCUCCUGAAUCAAAGUGGGACUUGCGCAGGAUUGGGAUCCUUUGCCAGAAGGGAGACUGCCAAGUCAUCUGUGGUUUGGGGGAUGGGGGCUCCGUUGUUUGCCCUAAGUGCGGACCGUUUUCCUUGGUCCGCUACUGCGGCAAGGACCACCUGUGGGAGGAUGCCAAGACGCACUGGGGGGAUUGCAGUAAGCUCCCAGUCCUAGAUCAGCACUUGGCCGGUUCGAUUCCAUACGACGAUCUCGUGGGUCCACCAAUGCUUCCCAGCCUUCACCAGUGGGACAACCCUGAGCGCCAUCGUCAGGCGUUGUGGUUCAGUUCCGCCCGCGACCGAGGUGACUACUUCGUGUUCGCGGAGUGGGACGACCUACUGAGCGCUGCGGACGCUCCAGCCAGUCACUUGGCGCUGCGAUGUUCACCUCGAAUUGCACACGUUGUGCGAUUUGAGGACGCCGAAGAGAAGGACCGGUUCCGCCGGUGCCUUGCAGCUUGUCUCUUCGCGGCGGUUGAACAUCCAGCCCUUGUGGACUAUCUUUACCGGCUUGUCCGGGACUGGAUGCGGGCCCACAACAUGUGGGCCAGUGAUAAGGACAUGGACAGCAUGCUGCGGUACCAGAUGGGACUCGAGAUGGGUGGCACCAUCGAUCAGAGCCGUCUUGGUUUGCGGCAUGCUUGUGAGACGGAGUGGAUCGGUGCUAACCGACGCCACUGCGAGGAUUCGACCUGCGCGAGCGAGCGUCGCCCCACGUUGUUAGGUAACCACUGUAUGGGGUUGGGCUUCCGGAGAGUGUGCGAAACCUUAGAAUCCAACCAUUGGCUUCUGAGGGCGCACCGAGCCACCCAUCCUUCGGUGAGCGACGUGGUGGCUCGCACGCGUGGUGGAGGAUUCUCGGAGGUCCUCGUGAAGGACCGGCGGACAUUCCGCCGUGGUGUCGGUUGGGACGGGGCGGGAACGGGCCCCAUGGAGCUGGAGAUUCCGUAG